ACAAAAGAAGCGCUCGCAGGCGAACACAGACGCGAGAGGACUAUCUCCUAUUACAACGGAAGAAGCAGCGUCUGAGAACUGUCCAAGUCACUUCAAUUCAGAAAAACGUAGACUUGAGUUUUAGAAACUUACUUUUGACUGCACCUGAUGCGACGCCGUUUGACUGCAGCAACGGCCCUGGUGAUGUGGUCAUUACGCACUGAAGCUGUGGCAAAACUCGGUGUUUGUUUGUAGAGCUAAACUUUAAAGCCUAUUAUCUUUGCAUCUCUUAUUUCUGCCUAAAGAAUUUACAUGAGGCAAAUUUCCACUUGGAGUCCAAGUUUUGGGGUUAGACUUGUGAAGUCGAGUGCCUAUUUGCUGAUAACACGCAAGGGAACAUGAACGUCUCCUUCUUCGACGUGACCCAGAGUGCGCUGUUCAACGGGAGUCAGACCCUAGCCGGGACUCUGGCGACAUACUCCGGCAACAGCACCGACAACGUGGUGACCGGCGAUGGCGGAGGGUCUCUGGUGCUGUUGCAAGACGAGCGCAAACUCUUCGUCAUGCGCGUGGUGCAAAUCGCAGUGCUCUGCGUUUUGUCGCUCACCGUAGUGUUUGGUAUUUUUUUCCUCGGAUGCAACCUGAUGAUCAAAUCGGAGAGCAUGAUUAACUUCCUGGUGAAGGACCGGAGACCCUCCAAAGACGUGGAGACGGUCAUGAUCGGGCUCAGCUAGAGCAUGGAGUACAAGGACUGUGGAGAACUGGAGCUGAGCGGAGAUCUGGUAUGAGAGUAUGGUGCGGGUCUCCUACCGCAGGUCAAAGUCUGCUCCUGUGUAUACUUCUCGAAGAAGCUCUCUCUGUGUCUUACUGUGGAAAGAUAUGCAAAACUUCACAUUUCUAUCCGAAAAACGACUACAGUAAAGUAGUCUAGCGACUAAUUUCCGUGCGUAAAGUGUGUGCGUAAAACACGGGGAAUUGUUUACAAGUAUGCUGAUCUGUUGAAUCUUUUUAGUAAAUGUAAUGUUGCCAACUUAACAAAGUGAUGAAGAUGUUUACAAGCUGUUACCUCAUUUUUUGGGUUUGGUAAGUUUUCUUUGGUAAAUUUGAAAUGAUUGUUACUGAAUGUUUAGUUCAACAAGCAUGAGUGGGAAUUCUUAUACUUCCUCGUCUGGCAGUGUACUACGUGGACGUUAUGAACAUGAUGUGGGUAUUCUCUAUAAAAAGUAUUUUCAUUGGUCUCGUUUGGUAAAAACACUCUGAAAUCUUGCACGUUUUACAAAAAAAAAGAAAGAA